GGCUGGGGUGGGGCUGGCAGUAAGCCUGUGGAUGGUGAGGGGGUGACGGCGUAGUUUCUGCUCCCACAGUGAGACACAGAGGGAACACACACAGCUCUUGCUCAAGGUCAGGGAAUCAAGGACUUUGGGACCUGUAUAAAGCUUGAUAUAAACUCCAAACACAAGUGAAAGCCACAGACUUUUAACCUGAGAGAUUUGAAGAUGGAACAGCUUGAGAAUCUGUCUGUAGUGCUCCAUGCCAAAAAUGACCUGAGACUGGAGAAACGUCCCAUUCCAGAACCAGGGCCUAAAGAGGUGCUGCUGAAGAUAGAUUCCGUUGGGAUCUGUGGUUCGGAUGUCCAUUUCUGGCAAGAUGGAAGGAUUGGAGAUUUUGUUCUGAAGAAGCCAAUGGUCCUGGGACAUGAGGCUGCAGGGACGAUAUUCAGAGUGGGUUCUGCAGUGCAUCAUCUUAAAGCAGGUGAUAGGGUCGCCAUUGAGCCGGGAACUCCCCGAGAAAUUGACGAGCAUUGCCGAAGCGGGCGUUACAACCUGUCGCCGACACUCUUCUUCUCUGCUACUCCUCCUGAUGAUGGGAACCUUUGCCAAUACAACACCCACGAUGCCAACUACUGUUACAAGCUCCCUGAAUCCAUUAGCUGUGAAGAAGGUGCUUUGAUUGAACCCCUCUCUGUUGCAAUUCAUGCCUGUCGUAGAGGAGGGGUUACAAUUGGCAGCAAAGUCUUCAUUUUAGGGGCAGGGCCAAUUGGACUCGUGAAUCUGCUGGUUUCCAAGUCCAUGGGAGCAUCUCAGAUUGUGAUCUGUGAUCUAUCACUGAAAAGACUGGAGAAGGCAAAGCAGAUGGGAGCCACUUUUACCAUUGCAGUCGAGAAGACCAUGACUCCCCAGGAACUGGGUCAGAAAGUGAAGCAGACCCUAGGUGGCGCUAUGCCUGAUAUAUCCAUUGAAUGCACUGGAGCAGAGCUGUGCGUCCAGGGUGGUAUCCUUGCAACCAAGUCUGGAGGGGUGUUGGUCCUUGUUGGGUUAGGAGAACCUUCAGCAAACAUCCCCAUAUUAGAUAUGUUAAUCCGAGAAGUGGAUAUCAGGGGAGUUUUCAGAUAUUGCAACACGUGGCCUGUGGCAAUAGAUAUGUUGGCUUCGAAGAGAAUCGAUGUGAAACCUUUGAUCACUCAUCGCUUUCCUUUGGAAGAGGCUCUUGAAGCAUUUGAAACCACAAAGAAAGGAGUGGGAAUCAAAGUCAUAUUGAAAUGUAACCCAAGCAACUAGAACCCCUGAGAGGGUUGGUUACGGACGUGCAGGGUGCACCUCCAGGUGUAGUCAUCCAGCAGUAGUCCACUGGAUAAUUGUGCACAUGUAAUUAAUGUGGGCAGUGGCACCUAGCUGUUAGUCUUCACUCUCCUCAAUAUCCUGUCCAUUUUUUUGUUUUUAUUCUGUUUGGGGGUGCCAGGGCAGCUAAAAGCAAUUCUGCGACACCUGACAGCUCCAGAUCGAGUAAGGAGCGCCCACUGAAAGGUAUAGGUGAUGUUAGGAACCAUGUGAGUGGGUUUAAUGAUGAUGGUCAAUGUCAAAGGGCCCACAAGAUUAAGUUAAAGUCUUUGUUUCAGAAUCCUUGCACUAUUUCUCUGUUGUUCCAGUCCCCUGAAAUUCUCUAUACUUGAAUUACUGCACGAUGGAAUGUUUGGUUGAAGUAAACAUCGAGGCUUAUUAAUAUGAUUUACUGAUUGCAGAAGAGCAAUAUACUGCAGCCAAUUGAAGGAUCAAAAAAUUGAAUAAACAUGUUGCAAAUGAUCUGUAUACAUACUCCAAAUCACUUUAAUCCCCAGUGACAACAUGUUUCCUCAAUCUGACAGGAAGAAAACCAGCUGACUUAUCAAGCUUACGCUGCCCUCAGUGUAACUGAAUGUCAGAACAGGAUAUUUCCUACCUUGCUCGUGGCCCACUAAGGGUUAAGGGGGUGAUAAUGCAGCACGGUGGCUCAGUGGUUAGCACUGCAGCCUCACAGCACCAGGGACCCGGGUUCAGUUCCACCCUUGGGUGACUGUCGGUGUGGAGUUUGCACAUUCUCCCCGUGUCUGCGUGGGUUUCCUCUGGGUGCUCCAGUUUCCUCCCACAGUCCAAAGAUGAGCAGGUUAGGGUGGAUUGGCCAUGCUAAAUUGCCCAUAGUGUUCAGGGGUGUGUAGCUUAGGAGGGUAAAAGGGGGGAUAGGUCUGGGUGGGAUGCCUCAAGGGUCAGUGUGGACAGGUAGGAGGCAGAAGGCCUGUUUCCACACUAAGGAUUCCAUGAUCUAUUAUCUAAUCCUAUUGUAGCUCAAGAUUAAAGCACGUGAGCCAGGCUGGCUAUAAACGGGUCCAGGCAACGGGCUGUGGCGAGGCUCAUUUCUGCUGACUGCCUGUCCUUCACAAUUAUGUUAGUGCCCGGGUGACAGAGCAUGCAGUGCCCAUCAAUGUUCUCAAUGCCUUUAGGGAGACGUGGGCAUUGCAUGGAGAAAACAGUGCUUUAUCUCCCUCUCUAACUCCGUUUUAAUUUAGUCCCUUCCCUUUGUCACUACCUUCCCCUCACUUUUGAUGGUUUACAUUGCCCUUAAUGGCUUUGUCAUGUAAAUAUUGAAUUAGCUACACAGGUGCUUUCACUGGUGACAGUUAGUAGUUUUAAUAAAACUGUCCCUUGGUUUUGAUAUCGGGAAAGUCGCCAGGUUGUGUAUGAUGACUCUUCUGGGUAGAAAGGAAGAGAGAAAUAAGGAAUGCUCAUGUGGACCAGACUGUAGAAAAGUUAACGCAUGGAAAGAGGCCAUUUGGCCCAUCAAGUUGGCUGAUCAAAUAGACUCUAGCUUAUUGACCACCUAUCCCACUGACAUCACUCUUAUAAGUACAGCCCAGAAGAUGUGAAAGAACCGCUUUGAAUCAACAAUUGUUAUCCCGAGAAUCCAGAGAUGGAAAGUGAAAUGGUGAGAGCCCCAUUCCUGAUCUCAAAACAGUGGGGCCUUGGCUGUUCAAAGAGUUGGGAACAAGGGAAUGCCAUUUUGAAUUCAUGAGAGCCCUGCAGUGCAGAAGCAGGUCAUUCAGCCCAUCUAGUCCACUCUGAAGAGCAUCCUUCCCAGACCUAUCCUUGUAAGCUUGCAUGGCUAACCCACAUAGCCUGCAUAUUCCUGGACACUAUGGUCAAUCUAGCUAAGAUGCGCAUCUUUGGACUGUGGGAGGAAACUGGAGCACACCAUGUGGACACAGAGAGACUGUGCAAACUCCACACAGACAGUCGGCCGAGGCUGGAAUCAAACCCAGGUGCCCGGUGCUGUGAGGAUGCAGUGCUAACCACUGAGUCACUGCACUCCAUGGGAUGUGGGCAUCAAGGGGGCCAGCACCGGUUGCCCAUUCCCUUGGAGAGCAGUAGGUGGUACCAUGGUAAGCGGUCCCAACCCUUUUUCGCGCGCCACUGCCUCGAACUCUUUAUAAAGGUUUAGGUUUCAAAUUAGAUUUGAAGCAAAGACACUGCCCCUACUCCUUCUGCUGAAACACAGGAAGAGAUGAGCUUGCCAUCCACACCAGGGAAGGGUAUCUCAUGCUGCUCACCACCUCCCAGACUCUGAGAGGUUUGUCUGCUUCUACCCCGCUGUGUACCCUCUCCAGUUUCCUCCCAAACAGGGCUUUGUGUCUCUGGCGGCUUCUUCCUACCCACCCUCGUGGCUAAUGCCCUCUGUCUCUGGCCACACUUUUGCCAGCCAAAACACACUGCCCUUUAACCGGAAGCUGCCAGGGCUGUGCCUCACUGAAGCUCGCUCAGCAGUCCCCAAGACCCAAAGUCAGGGCUUCUUACCAUCACGGGAUGAGAUUGAGUUUGUUUAUGUUCACUACAUGAGGCAAGGAAUACUGCAGUGAGUAACUCAUCUCCUGGCUCUCUAGAGCCUGUCCACCAUCUACGAGGCACAAGUCAGGAGUGAUGGAAUACUCCCCACUCAUCUGGAUGGGUACAGCUCUGACAACACUCCAGAAGCUUGACAAUAUCCAGGACAAAGCAGCCUGUGUGAUUGGCGCCACAUCCACAGGCAUUCGUUCCCUCCACCUCUGACGCUCAGUAGCAAUAGUGUGUACUAUCUACAAGAUGCGCUGCAGCAAUUCACUAAAGAUCUUUAGACAGUACCUUCCAAGCCCAUGAUCAUCUAGAGGGACAAGGGCAGCAGGUACAUGGGAACACAACCCCCUGCAAGCUUUCCUUCAGGCCACUCACCAAACUGACUUGGAAAUAUGUUGGUGGUUGCUGGGCCAAAAUCCUGGAAUUUCCCGCUGGAGAUCAUUGUGGAUCUACCUGCUUCAUAGGGACCGUAGCAGAUCCAAAAGGCAAUUCACCACCAUCUUCUCAAGGGCAACUAGGGAUGGGCAGUAAAUGACGUCCUAUGAAUGAAUCACAAAGCCUGCCAUUAAAACACUACCUAUUGUUAAUCACUAACAGUCCCCAUUAACAGCUCAUCACCCUCCCAGCCUGAUCAUUACCAACUCCUUUGCCCAUCAACUGCUGUUCUCUCUCUCUUCAGGCUGUAUCCUAUUGUUUACUCCCUACCCCAUUCCCCUCCCUUUUUUCUGCAUAUAAACUGACAUUUUCUCGGUUACCUUCAGUUCUGAGGAAGGGUCACCGGACCUGAAACAUUAACUUUUUUUUUCUCCACAGAUGCUGCCAGACCUGCUGAGCUUUUCCAGCAAUUUCUGUUUUUGUUCCUGAUUUACAGCAUCCACCGUUCUUUCGGUUUCCAAAAAUUGCUGAACUGUUUGAGGAAACAGCAGUCUUAUUUGGAUAUAUUGUCCAGUGACUUCUUUCACAAGUCAGGCUGAUUAGCCAUGUCAAAAAUGGGUGCUGCAGUAACAAGGUGUGGAGCUGGAUGAACACAACAGGCCAAGCAGCAUCAGAGGAGCAGGAAGGCUGACAUUUCAGGUCUGGACACUUUGUCAGAAAUGGGGGAGGGGAAGGGGGUUCUGAAAUAAAUAGGGAGAGAAGGGGAGGUGGAUAAAAUAUGGAUAGAGGAGAAGAUAGGUGGAGAGGAGACAGUAAAGGUGAGUGUAGGUGAGGAGUUAGGGAGGAGAUAGGUCAGUCCAGGGAGAACUGACAGGUCAAGGGGAUGGGAUGAGGUUAGUCAUUGAGUCUGAAUACUGAGGCAUUGGGCUGUCCUGCCGUGAGAGUGUGACAGGUCUUUCAAAACAGAGUCUUAUCAUUUGCUGAGAAGGAUAAGGUUAGAGGGCAACAAAGAGGUGGCACUCGGUGAUUUGCUCUUGUAACUGGCCAGCACAGACUCAAUGGGCUGAACGGCUUCCUCCUGUGUUGUAAUCGAUCCUCAAUUCAUCAAUCUGGAUUCCCAUCUGAGCGUACGCUAACUCAACAGUUUCUCUGUUGCUUUUGAGAAAGGAAGAAUGUCGAACUUUCGAAAUGUUUCCUCAAGUGUGGAAAUCCAAAGGCACUCAGUGACAAUCCUUUCCUGGUAGCUGGUCAAUGUCUCAUUUGCAGCAGGGACACUUUGAGGAAGGAAUAGGCUUGGCAUUUGGAGAUUCAGUGGGAACCAUAUAAAACAAUCAGCUCUCUGCUGUCCUCUGGCGCGCAAUUUCAUUUUAGCAUGAUCGUGAAGGAUCUUUGUUUGACUGAGAUGAGGAAGAAUUUUUUCUGAAUCGUUGGAACUCCUUGCCACGGGGGCCAGCCCUUGGUAUAUUUAAGGCUGAGAUAAAUAGAUUCUUGAUCAGUAGGAUAACUCAAUGGUUAUGGGGAAAGGGGAAGUGAGGAAAUGUCGGACUAGUCAUGAUCCUUUCCAAUAAUAAAAGUUGUAUGACCCUAGUUAUAGUCUGACAGGUUGAUUUGAAAUCACAAGUUUUUUGGUGCUUUGCUCCUUCAUCAGGUGAUGUGGAGGGGAGCACACAGGCAUGGAAUGUAUUGGUGGAGAGACAAUAGCAAGGUAAUUCCAUGUUAUUAACAGUAUCAAAAGAUAGCACACAUAGUGUGAGUGGAAUGUCAACAGGCUGAAAAGCAAGUGAAGGGGUGACCUAUGAAUCAAUUAAGGUGGAGAGAUAAUUACAAAUAAUGAAAAAUCAGAUGGUGCUGGAGACAAACUAAAUGACUGUCAAAACAUUAUAGAGAUUACGGCAACCACAUUGGAUGUUUAGCUGUGUUGGAUCCCAUCCAAUUGGACUGGAAGCAACUCAUCCUUGAUCUCAAGAUAUGAUCUGGAAGAGAUGAAGUUUGGCCUGGACAGCAGGCCAGGUGAUGGCCCAGUGGAGUUUUCUAUAGGCCUCUGAGAAGUUCCAGAGAUGUAGAGGAAAGGACUGCCAAGAUGAUUUUGGAUAGGAGCGAUGGUAAUUGCAGAUGCUGGACUUGCAAGGUGGACAGACCAGGAGGCUGGAAGAACACAGCAAGCCAGGCAGCAUCUGGAGGAAAGGAAGAGUCAAUGUUUCGGGAAUUACCCUUCUUCAGGACUGGAUAUGGGGGUAGGGGGAUCUUAGGUGACCAUUUCGCUGAGCAAUGUCACCUAGGCCGAAACGGCCAGCCUAACCUCCUAGUCACUGCCCACUCCCCCUCUGACAUGUCCAUCCUCGGCCUUUUCCAGCGUCGCAGUGAAUCAGAUCACAAAUUUGAGGAACAACGCCCUUUUCUUCCAUCAAGGCACCCUACAGCAUGGAGGACUCAACAUUGAGCUCUCUAAUUUCAAAUAACCGUCCCACCCAUCUCUGGCUCCCUUUCAGGCCCCGCCUCCACUCUGCCAUUCCGUCUACUGACCCUCCCUCCCAGCUACCAACUGGAUUUGCCCCUCCCAUCGACCAACUAGGCCUUACCACCUAUCACCACCAUUCUGCUACAACCUCCCCCCCCCCCCCCACAACAACUUUAUCUGCAGCUCCCCCUACCCCUACAUCCAGUCCUGAAGAAGGGCAAUACCCAAAAAGUUAGCUUCUCCUUUGCCUCAGAUGCUGCCUGGCUUGCUGUGUUCUUCCAGCCUCCUGUUCGUCAACUACAUUAGUGUCCAACUGCAAUCACAUUGAGUCAGAUUUCUUUCUCUGACCAUUACUGAGACUAGCUUUGUAUUCCAGAUGCAUAGAUCAAAUUUAACUACCACCAGUAGCCAUGGAAUUUGCACCCAUCUCCAUAGAGGAUUAAACUGGGAUUCCAGAUUAAUCCCGUCAUAGGGAUCCAUAGAGCUGCACAGCACAGAAAUAGACCCUGCGGACCAACUCGUCCAUGCCGACAAGAUAUUCUGAAUUAAUCUAGUCCCAUUUGCCAGCAUUUUGCUCCAUAUCUCUCCGACUCAUAUAUCCACCCAGAUGCCUUUUAAAUCUUGUAAUUGUAUCAGCCACCACCACUUCCUCUGGCAGUUUGUUCCAUGCACACACCACUCUCUGCAUGAAAAAGUUGCCUCUUAGGUCUCUUCUAAAUCUUUCCCCCCUCACUUUAAACCCUCUAGUUUCGAACUCCCCCAGCCUGGGGAAAAUACCAUGUCUCUCAUGAUUUUAUAAACCUUACCAGAACUGACGUUUUGAAUAAGGGUCACUGGACCUGAAACGUUAACUGCUUUCUCUCCACAAAUGCUGCCUGACCUGCUGUGAUUUUUUUUGGAAAUUUCUGAUCUUGUUUUUGAUUUCCAGCAUCUGCAGUUCAUUUUUUAAAUUUGUUCAACAUAUUUCACAGCCACUUUUUAAAAUAUAAAAGAAAACAGAACACCAAUUCCUCCAGUCUAUUUUAGCUGUGAAGCUGUUUUUGGGGAAAUCAAAGGGAAGAGAAAUGCGAGUGUAAUGUUCAAUUUGUUCUGUGUUUGAUAAUGCACGUCUGUUUACUAUUAAUGAUCACUGUGUUUGGCGGGCUUAAACCUAGCUUUGGGCUCAGGGCAAACUGUAAAAAGGGCUGGGAGGCUGAGAUAUAUAUUGUAGUCAUUUAAAAGUUCUGAGAGUAAACUCUGACACCCACAACGAUGAUCUAAGCAGUUUAUACAAAGGGAGAAGAAGGCAUUCAUUGGUUGACAAGGCGGAUCUGGUUGGUAGAGACAUUGCUGUGGAAAAAAGCAGUAAGAUGUCCAAGCUCCUGGGAAGUCAAAAAGAAGCAAUUGUUCUCGCUUGUCCCUUUAUUUUUCUUCCUAUAUUUGCCCCGAGUUCACAAUUUUCUGAUGAAGGGUCUAGGCCCGAAACAUCAGCUUUCCUGCUCCUGAGAUGCUGCUUGGCCUGCUGUGUUCAUCCAGCUCCACACUUUGUUAUCUCGGAUUCUCCAGCAUCUGCAGUUCCCAUUAUCUCUGAUGCUAUUCCCUGACCAUCUGCUGCAGAAACUGAUUCUGCAGUUGAUUCCUAUUUCCCAAUGUGUGAUGUGACAGUCAUUGCUGCCUGAUAGAAAGUAGUAACUCUGCAGAACUCAUGGAUCUGGUUGAAUUUUAGGGAAAAUGCCUGUAAAACGCCAUGUCCCUCAACUGUUGUUUAAACUUCUUGUACUUUCUGUGCUUUCAGAGGUUCUGUUGAAGAUCAAUGGUGUCAGACUCUGUGGUACAGUUUGAACUGCUGCCUCACAGCAACAGGGAUUGAUUUCACCCUUGACUAGAUUAUGAUCUUCCAAAUGUUCUGCUAUUACUUCCUAAAUAAUAGAAUCUAAUACUUUUCUAACAAUAGAUGUGAGGCUGAUAAGCUUCUAGUUACCCACUUUUUGCGUCCCUCUAUUUUCACAUAGUGGUAUCGUAUUAACAGUUUUCCAAUCAUUUGGUAGUUCUCCAGAAUUAAAUGAUUUUUGGAAAAUUACAGCUAAUGCAUUUGUUAUCUCCGUAGCCACCUCUUUUGGAUCCUAGGAUGCGAGUCAUUUGGGGCUGGGGGCUUACCUCUCUUUAUCCCAUUAGUUCCUUGAAUUCUGAAGAAUGGUCACUGGACUCAAAAUGUUAAAUCUGUUUCACUCUCUGCAGAUGCUGCCAGACCUGCAGAGUCGCUCCGGCAAUUUCUGCUUUCCUUUGCUUCUACUUCUUCAUUGACCAGUGACGUAGGAGUGGAAGAAAGGCCAUUCGGCCCAUCGAGUCCACUCUGCCAUUUAAUCAUGGCUGAUGGGCACUUCAACUCCACUUACCCGCACUCUCCCUGUAGCCCUUGAUUCCUUGUGAGAUCAAGAAUUUAUCAAUCUCUGCCUUGAAGACAUUUAAUGUCCUGGCCUCCACUAUGCUCCAUGGCAAUGAAUUCCACAGGCUCACCACUCUCUGGCUGAAGAAAUGUCUCCUCAUUUCCUGUUUCGUUUUAAAUUUACCCCCUGAAAUUCUAAGGCUGUGCCCAUGGAUCCUAGUCUCCCCGCCUAACAGAAACAACUUCCCAGCAUCCACCCCUUCUAAACCAUACAUUAUCUUGUAAGUUUCUAUUAGAUAUCCACUCAACCUUCUAAACUCUAAUGAAUAUAAUUCCAGGAUCCUCAGCUGUUCAUCGUAUGUUAAACCUACCAUUCCAGGGAUCAUCCGUGUGAAUCUCCGCUGGACACGAUCCAGGGGCCAUCAGGAAUUUAAUCCAGCCUGGGACAUGUGCCGUUCUUUGCUGUAGGUGAGAAGUUGCUGUUAGAAACUGGCGUUCCCAGAGAAAAUGAUUCUGCCUCCAUCUGUUGAGUAUUUCCAUGAAUUUGCUGUUUUCAUUUUCUCAAGCACCAACUGGUGUUCAGUCCAGAGACAUUAGGAUGCUAGCUAAUAAAGGACAUCUCCCUAAAUGGAUAAUUACUGUGUGUAUCUGACUAUAAUGUUGUCCUUCAGUUUUGAUGAUGCCACACUUGUAAGUUGCUUAAUAUGCCAAAAGAGAUAAUGAUACUCAAUAAGUCGUGCUGCUACAGUGGAAUUAUGUACUUUAGGAGUCUGUUAGCUCAGUUGGCUGGACUGCUUGUUAGUGACAAUAACAGUGUGGGUUCAAUUUCUCAAUUGGCUGAGGUUACCAUCAAGGCCUCCUUCUCAACCUGGUCCCUCAGGGUGCUGGGAACUUCAGCUUAAAUGUGUACAAAAGUACACCUAUGAUCUGGUAAGGCUUUGACAACAUUACCUUAAUUGUCUAUUUUACUCAUGCAGAUAAUUGCAACAGUUAAUUGAUCUGUUAUCAUUGUUACCAUAGUGACAACAAUUAUGUAACUGAUUGGUUGAAAUCACCAGUGUUUCAGUUUAAUGCUACUGUGUCUGAGUGAAACUCACCUUAUUGCAAUGUGGGAGCUUUACCAAGUUGUAAAGAGUGCAAGCUUUUGUUCAAUACAUUUGCUCAUGUCAA